AUGUGCGACCCUAUCUUCGAGUAUCAGUUCCGUCUCAUUCUUAUCGGCGACAGCACGGUGGGCAAGUCGUCCUUGCUGCGAUAUUUCACAGAUGGAAAGUUCGACGAGGCCUGUGACCCGACUGUCGGGGUGGACUUCUACGCCAGACUUAUGGAAGUUAAGCCUGGAGUUCGCGUCAAACUUCAGCUCUGGGACACUGCCGGACAGGAACGGUUUAGGUCUAUCACAAGAUCUUACUACAGAAACUCUGUAGGGGUAAUGAUUGUUUACGACAUAACCAAGCGAAGUAGUUUUGAAAACCUCAAAGAUUGGUAUGAAGAAGCCAGAGAACACAUUGAGCCGCACAAGGCUAUUUUUGUGAUUCUUGGCCACAAAGCUGAUAACGAAGAAAAACGGCAAGUAACCUUUAGAGAGGGAAAACGGUUCGCAGAAAUGCUGGGACUAAAGUUUUUUGAGACAUCAGCGAAAACCGGCCAGAAUGUAGAAGAAUCCUUUGCUCAGAUCGCCAAAGACACUUACCAGCAUUUGCAAGAUGGGCAUAUCAAAAUAGAAGAAGGCUGGGAUGGGGUCAAGGCCGGUUUUGCCAGGCCGAAGGAGGCAGUUCAUCUAGCAGAAGCUGAAGGAGAAAGUCGAUGUUGUUAA